AUGUCCGCCUCCCUACUCAACAAGUCCCUCGCCAGUCUUGGGGAACCUAGAGCUUCUACCCCGCAACCAGACAACACCGACGACACUCGUGUUCUUGGUUAUGACCCGCUUCUCCCACCCCAAAUCCUGCAAAUGGAGUACCCCCUAACCCCCACAGCCAUCGAAACAAUCCGCAAAGGCCGCAAAGCUGCCUCCGACAUCAUCCGUAAAUACGACGACCGUCUCCUCGUCGUCGUCGGCCCAUGCAGCAUCCACGACGUCGACGCCGCCAUCGACUACGCCAAGAGGUUGAAACCGCUUGCGGACGAGCUGCAGGACGAUUUGCUGAUUGUGAUGCGCACCUACUUUGAAAAGCCGCGCACGACUGUUGGGUGGAAGGGGCUUAUCAAUGACCCGGAUAUGGAUGGGUCGUUCCAGAUCAAUAAGGGCUUAAGGAUUGCUCGUGGGUUGCUUUGCACUCUGUCCGACCUAGGCCUCCCAGUAGGCGGCGAGCUCCUCGACACCAUCUCCCCGCAAUUUCUCGGCGAUCUCCUCACAUGGGGCGCGAUCGGCGCACGUACCACCGAGUCGCAGCUGCAUCGCGAGCUGGCGUCUGGAUGCAGUUUCCCCGUUGGGUUCAAGAAUGGGACGGAUGGAGGGAUCACUGUUGCUAUUGAUGCUAUGACGUCCGCAGCAAACCCCCACCACUUCCUCGGCGUAACCAAACAAGGCCUCGCAGCCAUCACAAAAACAAAGGGCAACCCAACAACCCACAUAAUCCUCCGCGGCGGCACAUCCGGCCCCAACUUUUCCCCCACCCACAUCCACACCAUCCGCACCACCCUCACAACCUCCGCCAAACCCGCCUCCAUCAUGGUCGACUGCUCCCACGGCAACUCGCUCAAAGACCACCGCAACCAACCCGCCGUCGCCGAAUCCAUCGCGUCCCAACUCGAGGGCGGUGAGAGGGACAUUGUCGGGGUUAUGGUCGAGAGUAAUAUCGGGGAGGGGGCUCAGAAGGUGCCGAAGGAAGGGCCCGCGGGGUUGAAGUAUGGGGUUAGCAUUACGGAUGCGUGUAUUGGGUGGGAGGAUACGGUCAAGGUGCUGAGGAGAUUGGCGGAGGCUACUGGGAAGAGGAGGAGGGCGGCGGCUGGUGGGCAAUGA